GGUCGGCUCUUCGCCUCUUCCCAGCGGUGGGUGCCCUUUCGGAGAAUUUUUGUGCAAGCUCAGCCUGUGCUCCUCUUAGGACUUCUCCCUCCCCACACUUCGUGUUUGUUUUUUUUUUUUUUUUUAAUUAUUUUUAUUUUUUAUUUCUUUAAUUUAAGCUUGGAAACGGGAUCUGAACGAACCCUGAAGGUAACCAAGAGGAACUCGAGAAUGUUAAAUUUGUAUCUGUGGCUGUUUUUUUUUUGUUUGUUUGUUUGUUUUUGUUUUUUUUUUUUUAUCCGUUGGUAUGAGGGAAGGAUGGGAAUGCGGCUCGACCACUGUUUUGGGAAGUUUGGGGUGAAGAGCACAUCUGCAGGCUGUGCUCUACCUGUAACUCUCCAGGUCAGGGCUGUGUGGUCCCGGCAGCGGAGUUUGCAUUCAGAGAAUGUCAAUGCAAAACCCAGCCACAUGCUGACCGUGCUUAAUUCUGCAAAACGGGGUGGGAUGAGAAGCAGCUGCAGCUUCCUGAUGCUUCGUUUGGUGGUGACCGGGCGGGCCCUCGUGGGGCCGUGCAGCCCUGUUUCAUUCUCCAAGCAGCCAUCGCACAGCCUGUGGAGUUUCAGCAGACUGCAGCCAUGUGCUUGAGAUGAUGCUCGUGCCCAGGCUGCACUGAGCCACAGGUAAACUACCUAUGGGUGUAAGGGAGCACAGGGGCGCUGUGGGCUGGUGCAGCCCCCCCGGCCUCUGUUUGCAGAGGGCUGAGUUAGGUUUCCAGAUGACAGCUUUGAAUACCAGCUGGUGCCUCCGUCUGUAAUUCAGCUGGAAUGCCUCUGGAGCUGGUGGGCAGUCCGUGCAAUGGUAGAUUCCUUGCUGCUGUCACUAAUGCUGUGGUUGUGCUGCUGAGAAACAAACGGGAGAGGUUUCUUCCCUGGCUUCUCCUCUCUGUCCCUGCUGGAGUUUCAUUCUUCUUUCUUCUAUUCAGCAAGGUGUUCCCGUAGGGCAUCCAUUGGUCUCAAUGAGAGGCUGAUGCAGAACGGGGCUGCCCAUGCCUCAAAGCCCGUGGUGUGGUUCAAUAGGAGUGUGUGUGGUUGUAGGGGGCGGUGGGUUUUGUAAGCAAGGUGUUAAGUGUGUGUGAUGUUGGAGGCACGGUGUGUUUGUUGCAAAGAAGGCAACUAAUUGUUACUUUAAUUACAUCCCUGCUGGUGUGUACUGAGAAGCUGGAACUGAAGACAGGCAUGAUACCAGCUUACCUCCUGACACUGUCUGGCCUUCUGCUUGGCAUCCGUGCACGGCCUCCACCCCCACUGAGGCACUCAUUAGCUGAGCGUUUUGCUGGCCUUGGCCUCAGUGCCUUUACCCAAGCAGGUCAGUGGUGCUUGGGGCAGCAGGACUCGGUGGCUUUGCAUUAGGGAAUGAGCAGUCAGAACGAGCCAGGUGAAGUUCAUUUCCCCCGUGACCAAGUGCAAGAUUUCAUGUUAAGAUGGAGAAGCGAGGUGUUGAAUGCCCUAUAUUUUAGCCCCUGGGAAUCUCAGGCUGGGUUCAGCAGUUAGCUAAUAGUACAGCAAUAUCGACUCAGCUUUAGUAAAAAGGCUAAAUGCUGGUUUCCGUGUUGUCUUUGGAGCCCUUAGAGCUGCCCCUUAUUUUCGUCCUCUUCAGUGGAGAAAUGAAAAGGCCUGUGUGCACUUCACAGGAAAUGAAUGUCUGAUACACGCUUGCAGGCUGCUCAUUUCCAAGAACUGCUCUCGAGGUAUUUUGAUAAUGCACAUUCUCUCUGCCUUCUCCCUUCCUGCUCCCCUCAUGCUCUCUGUGCUGCUAUGUGUUCACAGAUGUGUGUGAGCCCAAGGUGGGCUGUGCUGGUACUGGGCUCAAGCACAGGCGUGGGGCUGCGGGAGCUCAGCGUUGGCACUGCCUGAGAUCGCAGGCAAAGCCACACGGAGCUGGCAGCGCUCAGCUGCCUUUGUCUGAGCACCCCCUGCAAAUGCUGAAGGAAAACGUUGACUUGGGUAACAGUCCUUGUGGCUCUGCAGCUCAGCAAUGCUGCGUGUCUGCUACCUUAGUUUCUCGGGAGCAAACUUGGGCUUAGGGAGGUCUGUGCCUUUGGCUGGGCUGCCUUUAGCUGUGUGUAAAGUUGGAGCAGUUUUGAAAGGCAGUGCUUAAUACGAAUGUUAAAACAAGCCCUUUGCUGCUGGAUUCCUCUGCUGGAGCAUGGAGGGGUGGGUGCUUCACAGUGAUGGAGCAAAGAAGUUUGAGAAAGAAGAGAAAUGAAUGCUCUCAGAUCAGCUCUCUCACUUUCCCCAGCAGCAUUUUAACAUGUGUGUGAUUGGAGUUUUUCCCUUUUAUGAGUUUUAGAAUUACUUACUUUUCAAUCUCGGUUACCUUUGAACUUCCUCUCUUCUCGUUUUAUGAAAGAGCAUAAAAAGAGCAGCCUGAUUACAGGGGUGUUCCUGCUGCACCCCCUGCGUCUCUCUGCUCCAUCUGAAAGCUUGCAGGUGGCUUCCUACCAUCCAUCCUCAGGCCCAUCCCCGUUGUCUCAAUUCUGCCUUUGUAUUUCAGGUGUGCCAGGUGGUGGCAUUGCAAUCACCUUCCCACCCUGAGUAUGGUCCGCUGCACCCCACUGACUUCCCACUGUUUCAGUUUUCCACAUCUCUUCUGAUCACUCCCUGCAGCCCUGCAGGAUGGAUGCACUCUCUGGGAAAGCUCUGCAAAAACUCAGCAUUGCUGCAUCAAGGCUCCUGACUUGGGACCAGUUGCAGGCCUGAUAUCUAGCAGCUCUUCCCUAUGGACAGUAAAUUUCAGGAGGCUGGAGGCGACAGAGAAAGCAUGGUAAAUGCAGCGUCUCCCUGGGAUCCAUGGGCUCUUUGAGAGAUGAUCAGAGGGAGGCCAGAUGAUCUGCAAAACACACGCACCGCUGUUGCUUGUCUGCAAAGGCAGCAUCGGAGCGUUCUCCCCAGCCCCGCACCGCCUGGCCUGCCCGAUCGCUUCCGGAUGUUUCGCAGUUGCGAGUGGGAGGUUCUGGAGCGAUCCCUCAACAUCCUUCAGGCCAGUGACUUCUACUGGGGCCCGCUGUCCGUUGGGGAGGCCCACGCCAAGCUGCAGCGGGAGCCCGUCGGCACCUACCUGGUGCGGGACAGCUCGCAGGGGAAUUGCUUGUUCAGCCUGAGCGUGCGGAUGCCGACUGGGCCCGUCAGCCUCCGCAUCUCUUUCCAAGAGGGCUAUUUCCGUCUGAAGAACUGGUUUUCGGACUGCGUGGUCCGGCUGCUGGAGCUGGUGGUGGCGGGGACCCGCAACAACCCCUUGCACUUUGAUGAGAUGGGGGGAACUCCUCUGGUCUUUUCCGAGCCCUUGUGCAGGAGCCGCCGGACUGUGCCCACGCUGCGAGAACUGUGCCAGCGACACCUGCCUGCUCCCACCGCUGCCAUGCGGACGUGCCCACGGGAGGCGGCGGUGUCACCCCUGGAUAGCAGUGUGGUCCCCAGCCCCUCUGCAACUGGCACUAGGAGAUGAUGCUGGGUAUGUGGAAGCGAAGGGUUGCACACGGCCAUGCUGGAGGGGCAGGGUGCCUGCACCCACUGGCUGCAAAAGCUGUGUCUUCAAACAAGCACAACAUGCCUGACCUUCCCCCGUAUGGCUGGGGUGAAGCCAAGCCUGAAGAACAGCUCUUCCCACCCCCAAGUCCUGCUCGUGGCUCCAUUCAUGACUAAUAAGUUUGAGAACAGGGCGAGCUGCCUGUCCUGCCAGGUCAGCCCCACUACUCAAAGUGCCUAAGCUAGUUUAUGCUGCCAGUGUGCCUUCGUGAAGCCAUAUGGCCCCACAGUGCUGCAUCCUGGGUAUUGGUGGGCACGGGCCACAAGCUAACCGGGGGCCACAUGUUAACAGGAGACCACGUAUCUGUGCCUGAGCACAAAUGCAAGAUCUGCCCCUUCAGAGAUCAGCCCUUUUGGGGAAAAAACAUUGCAGCCGUGUACAAUAUGUGCAGCUUGAGUGGCUUCUGCAUUGCUUUAUUUGAACAGGUUUUUGGGAGUGCAGAUGAGUUACUUUAUACUACGGGCAUCGUGCUCCUGAGAGGCAGGUCUGAGGUCGGUUCUGCCCUGCAGGGUGUGAGCAGACCCAGUCCAGAGCCUCUUGUCCUCAUCUGAUAGUAUGCUGCUGCCACCUAUGGGCUACAAAAAGGUGUUUUGUCUUGCCUCAAGAAGAGGCAAAGAAUUUUUUAUACAACUCCUAAAUUUUAAUAAACAUGUUUUUAUACUUAUUUUU